CCUCCCGCCCCCCCAUCUGACAGUUCCCCGCGCGCCAUGGCGCCCCUGCGCCAAAAUCGCCAAACAGGAGCGGCAGCCGAAGGAGCAAUAAUACCUUAGGGGGCGGGGAAGGGUGCUUUGCUUUUAUUUAUUUAUUUUUUAAAAAAACAAUUUUUUUGGAGGGGUGGAAAAAAGGGACUUAGGGGUCGGGAUCUGGAAACCCGCCCCUCCCUACUCCGUUCACACGCCUCCCCAACCUCCCCUCUACACGCAUCGCGGUCGGCUGAGAAGAAUCCUCGCGAAGCGCGGAGAAAGGAGAGGCAAGGCGCGCGUUGCUCCCACGAAGGACUUUGGGGAGCUUAGCGAAGCCGGGCGCUUGGCUUUCCGAGAAGAUAAUGGUUGCAGAUCUGAAUGCUUCUGAGCUCGUCACAGUGGUUGGACUAUUGGGACUCUAAGAGACCUUAACUGAGAAGCUACCAUUCCCUUCUUGGGGCUUCCCAACUCUUCUCACCUUCCCCUUCCCCCCUGUGUAAAAACCCCAUGGACCGGGGGGUCGCCAUGGAGCCAAGGGAGAAUUCGGGCACUUCCCGGCAAAGGGGAGGAGAGUCGGAUUUCCUGGGCUCCUCCAUUGCUUCUGCUAAGGCCCCUGGUGGUGCCCCUGGUGGUGCUGGGACGGAGGCCAUGCUGCCUCAGCCCGGCUCUGCCAAAGGGAUCCCUGUGAGCAGUGACCGGAUGGAGCCCGAGGAAGAAGACGAGCUCUGUUCUGGGAGAGACGUGGAUUCCGCUUCCAACACAGACAGCGAGAAAUGGGUGGCCGGAGACGGCUUGGAAGAGCAGGAGUUUUCCAUCAAGGAGGCGAACUUUACAGAGGGGAGUCUUAAGCUGAAAAUCCAGACGACCAAGAGAGCCAAGAAGCCCCCCAAGAACUUGGAGAACUAUAUAUGCCCUCCCGAGAUCAAAAUCACCAUUAAGCAGUCAGGGGAGCAAAAGCUUUCGAGAGCUGGGAAAAAUAGCAAAUUAGCGAAAGAGGAGGACCGGUCACACUCCAAGAAGAAGGUUUAUGACAGACUGCCAAAGCAUUCUGCUGUGCACUAUGAUCCCGUUCUCCAGCAAGACUUCACCAGUGACACCUUAAAAUCGCGGCACCAGCAAAAAAGCAACAACCAGCAUCAUCUCGACUGGUCGGUGAGCUCUGAAUCUGGGCCAGCUCCUCAAGCCUGCUUCAUUGCCCCAGAGCCACACCGAGAAGCCACCAAGAUCCCUGGUUCGGAGCCCACUGUAUCUUUCAGCAAGUCCCAAGUGAAGAAAUCUAACGCCAGCAGCACCUGGGCUCAGUUGUCAAACGGUAAUAAUAAAGACCUUGCAGCAAUCAGUGCAGUCCCAGGUUCUAAUAGUCUCAGUGCAACUUCCCAGCCAAACAAACUGUCUGACUGCAAUGGUUUUUCGCCCCUAGUGAGUCAAGAGGGAGAGGGACAGGUAGAAGCCCUCAACCAACCCACUGGCAGCACAAAGAAGAAAUCCAGUAAGAAAGACUUGAUCAACCAAACCAUCCAAAAUGCAGACAUAGAAUGGGUGAAAAAUCCUCAGAAGUCAUUUGAAGCCAAAACCCACGACAACAUGGAAGGGAAGAAGGAAUCCAGCUCAACUAAGCCAUCACCCCCUAGGCAAAGCCCACAUUCUGCCAACACUUCUGAAAACGAUUCGAGUCACGUACGGAUUACUAUUCCAAUCAAGACUCCAGUAGUGGAGACACCUGGUCACAAAAGGAAGAAACGGCAGUCUGCAAAAGCCGUUGUCGACAAGAGUGUCCCAGAGAAAACCUCUCCUCCCGGGCAUCCUGUGGGCAGUGAUGUAGCCAGCAUGACUAACGCACAGGCAGAGGUGUGCAAGAAAGACCUGCGAGUUACAAAGCAAGGGAAAGCGAUGGAAAGUGACCCUCCUUUGUUACCAGUGGAAAGCAAUGAGAUAGUCAGCAAAUCUCCCGCGACCAAUGCCACCAGGCUCAGAAAGUCCGCAGUUGUGACGCCUGCUUCAGUUACACACGUGACAUCUGCUUCCGUUACACACGAUGCCCCGACACCUUGCAAGCAGCCGGAGGUUCAGCACCCGAAGUUUGCAGCAAAGCGAAGGUGGACGUGUAGCAAACCUAAAAAUGUGCUCCGGGAACCUUCUCUAGGCCUCCCUGAGAAACUGAUGGUAGAACCUCCUUCAGCUUAUCCCAUAACACCAUCCAGUCCUCUGUAUACCAAUACAGACAGUCUUACUGUGAUUACUCCCAUCAAGAAGAAGAGGGGGCGACCAAAAAAACAGCCUUUGCUCACUGUUGAAACCAUCCAUGAAGGAACGUCCACCAGCCCAGUCAGCCCCAUCAGUCGGGAAUUUCCUGGCACGAAGAAGAGGAAGAGGAGGAGGAACUUGGUGAAGUUAGCUCAGAUGGCCCCCGGGGAAGAUACGAACACCAUCAGCGAGCUGAAGUUUCACAAGAAAGUUGGCAAGCUUGGUGUUCUUGAUAAGAAGACCAUCAAGACCAUUAACAAAAUGAAGAGUCUCAAGAGGAAAAACCUUUUGAGCCAGAUCUUGUCUUGCUCGAGUAGCAUGGCUCUGAAGAUGAAAACGCAGCCGCCAGCCAACACAGGGGCUCCCACCAUCGAUGCGAGACUAGGGAAGCAAAUAAACGUGAGCAAGAAGGGGACUAUCUACAUUGGUAAGAAAAGGGGAAGAAAGCCGAGAUCCGAGCUGCAGCCCCCACUGGAAGACCCGAAGACAGCCAUGAAACAUUUGAGGCCCGUAUCCAGCCAGCCAGAAAACCCAGCAGUGCCUUCUACCUUGCAGUCACUUGUGGCAUCAUCAUCACCAGCAGCCGUCCAUCCGCUCUCGACGCAGCUAGUGGGCUCUAACGGCAGCCUUAGCCCUGCCAGCACUGAAAUGAAUUUUUCAGAGUUAAAGACUAUGCCAAAUCUACAGCCCAUCAGCGCUCUUCCCACAAAAACUCAGAAAGGAAUACACAGCGGGACUUGGAAGUUGUCCCCACCCAGGCUCAUGGCGAAUUCUCCUUCCCACCUUUGCGAUAUAGGUUCCCUGAAGGAGGUCACGCUGUCUCCGGUGAGCGAAUCCCACAGCGAGGAAACCAUACCGAGUGACAGUGGGAUCGGUACCGACAACAACAGUACGUCCGACCAAGCGGAGAAGACUUCGGAAUCUCGCAGAAGAUACUCAUUUGACUUCUGCAGCCUGGACAAUCCAGAGGUCAUUCAGUCUGACACCAGCACUAAGAACAGGCACAGUCACCGGCAGAAGCAUCUCAUCGUUGAUAACUUUCUCGCUCAUGAGACUAUGAAGAAGCCAAAGCACAAGAGGAAGAGGAAGAACCUGCAGAACAGAGAUGACCUCCAGUUCCUUGCAGACCUGGAAGAGCUCAUCAGCAAGUUCCAAGUGUUCAGGAUUUCUCACCGUAGCUACACAUUUUACCACGAGAAUCCGUAUCCCAGCAUUUUCAGGAUUAACUUUGAUCACUAUUACCCUAUGCCAUAUAUCCAGUAUGACCCUUUGCUGUAUCUUCGCAGGACGUCCGACAUGAAGUCUAAGAAGAAGCGUGGUAGACCUGCCAAAACCAAUGACACCAUGACGAAGGUGCCUUUCUUACAAGGGUUUGGUUACCCUAUUCCCAGUGGGAGUUACUAUGCACCCUAUGGAAUGCCUUACACAUCAAUGCCUAUGAUGAACCUUGGCUACUACAGUCAGUAUCCUGCUCCUUUGUACUUGUCUCACACACUCGGAGCAGCUUCUCCGUUCAUGAGGCCCACCGUGCCUCCUCCCCAGUUCCACACAAGCUCUCACAUGAAGAUGCCCAAUACUGCCAAGCAUAAAGUGAAGCAUGGGGUCCACCUGCAGACACCGGUAGGGAUCGGCCUUGGGGAUGUGCAUUCUUCACUGACCUCUCCAAAGGCCGCAGGGACAAGCAUACCCAGUGGCCGACUUCACAAAAGGAAACACAAACAUAAGCACAAACACAAGGACGAGCGGAUAUUGGGGGCUCACGACGACCUGAGCAGUCUCUUCGCAAGCAAGUCCACUGGCUUCACCAGCCAUUCGGUCAGUGACAGAUUAAACGUCUCGGACAAAGAGCUCUCCUUGCUGACGGAGAAGAGCAAGCAUAAGGAGAAACAGAAGCACCAGCAUUGUGAAACCAGUGGGCACAAGGUUUCCAAGAGCAACUUCGAAGUGGAUACCUUGUCUACGUUGUCUCUCUCUGACACCCAACAGUGGGUGCAGAGCAAGGAUAAAAGUAACUCAAGCAAUGAUCCCAUGGACUCUUGCAUGAAGAGGUAUUCUGGGAACACUGACAGCAGCGCACGGUCCGAGUCCCUGGACGUCUUUGGCGAGAUGAAUUCCUUGAGUGAAAAGCGGGACAAUGAUGGGAGCAAAAGGAGGAGUUUCGAAGGGUUCGAAACAUACAGGGAGAAGGACCUUCAGACCUUCAGAACAAGCAGGAAGGACAGGAGCUGCUAUGACUCAUUGACAGCUUCAGGAAUUGCCGGUUCGCAUCUAAAAGCAGACCAGACUUCGCUUCAUCAUAAAAACGAGGGUUCUGCUUCUUCUGUGAUGACCCGUCGAAAACCAGCAUCUCUUGAUAGUGUUGUGAUAUCCUCAACCCCAGUAUUAUCUCUUUUACCGUCGUCAACGGCAGCCGCCUCAGAAGCAGCCAGCUCGCCGCUCAAGAAACGGUUCAAGCGCUGUGAGAUCGAAGCGAUCCAAUGCGAGGUGCGCAAGAUGUGCAACUACAACAAGAUCCUCUCCACCAAGAAGAACCUGGAUCACGUCAACAAGAUCCUGAAAGCCAAGCGGCUGCAGAGACAAUCAAAGACGGGCAACAACUUUGUCAAGAAGAGGCGAGGGCGGCCACGCAAGCAGCCCCUCUCCUUCGACGAAGACUUCAGAGACCAAAUGCCAGUUUUGGAGAAAUGCGUCGACCUGCCUUGCAAACGAGGCCAGAGGUUCGCGCUGAACCCUUUGAUACUGGAACAAACAGCCAACAGCCACGAUACCAUCGCAGCCACCAUUGAGGCUGUAAUACACAUGGCCCGGGAGACGUCUCAGCCGCCCCCUCCACCGCCGCCGCCUCCUCCUCCUUCCCGGACGCCGAAAGUCGGGAAGAGGAAAAGCAAAGCGCAGCAGCACGCGGAGGCAGAGGACGAAGUGAAGGUGAAAAGGCACCGGAAAACGAGAGGGUGUGAAAGCGAAGCCCUCCCCUAGUAACCGACGUGGCCAAUCGAAAGACAGUGCUGGGUGGUUUAGCACCCUGGGACCAAAGGACCAGGGUGCUGAGAUGGGCAGGUCUGUUUGGCAUCUUUCGCAGCAUCAGACUUGCUCUGUAUUUCAGUAGCGCAGCAGCCGUUAAAAAAAUUCAGAUAGGAAUGACCAAUAAUAAUAAUAUAAUUACAAUAAUGACAAAACUUUGGCAUUAGCCCUUAGGUUCAUAGUGGGGGAUGGGGUGCGCUGGGGGAGACGUCCACCGGUUUUUGCAGAGUUUCUGUUAACAAAAACCAGCUUUGUCGUUCUCGUGUCUUGGAAGGGAAAGAGGGAAGCACGGCGGGACUGGCAAUAUCCCUGCUGCUAGGAUGGCCAGCAAGCUCUUUUAGUAGGAGCUCCUCUGCCCCCUUUUUGCAGAUGCAUCGCAGGGAGAAAUUCACCACCAGCAGCAGCCUUUGCAGUCACUGCUGCUGCGCGAAGGGGCGUGGGGGGAUUGCACCCAUCAGAUUUCUUCAUGCCACCUUUUAAGGCACAAGGGCAUCCCUCUGUCAAGGAACAAAGCUGGCAACCCUCCGAGUGGAAAUUACGUUCACUUUUCAACAAAAAAAGUGUAAAUUCCUCAACUGUGCUCUUGGUUUUAAACUGCUUUGAAAGUAUUUGUAUUUUGUUUUAUAGAGGUUUUGGGGUGUGGUUUUCUUCCUUUCUUUCUAGAAACUCUUGCCAGGCUCCAGGCAACUGAAACGCUAACUCUUAAAUCUUAUCGUUUCCCUUCUCCCUCCCCGCACAAAAUAAUUUGCAAGUGGCAAGUAAUAUAGGCGAGAGAAGUGGAGCCCCUACCCUCCUGAACAAGAGGAAUCUCCAGUCACCAUCCAAAAUUGUAACCGAAUAGCGGAGCGCAUCUCAUAAAGGGGAGG